AAAACACUACAAAUACUAAACUUUACAUUAAAUUAACAGUUAGUUUAAAUCCUGAGACAAGUUUUUCAAACAAUUUGAUUACUCAUUUGAUUGACAUCAUUGACCCUCAAGUAUGGAUAGUAAAGACAGAACACUCAAGAAUCAGGAAUAUUACGAUCGCUUGCAAUCACUUUUGAUGACCAAUGCUAUCAUUAGACCAAACAAACGACAAUCAGUUAACUGUUUGACACAACAACAGAUGCCAACAACAGAUGGCCAACAAAAUGAUCGUCAGUUAAGUCGAUGUGAUGUCUGGAGACUCGAAAGACUUGAAAGUUUGUCUUCAAUAUCGGCCAAUGAUUGCUUGAAGUUGAUGGACAACGAAGAUAAAGAUAUUGACCAAACUAUGGAUACAUUCAAACAAAUUGACUUUAUUUUGCAUACAAUUAACUCUUUUAAAGUAAACGAUAUUUCACAACAAGAUUUCCGUCAGUUUAGUCAUAUCGAUAUCGAUGACAAUCAAAACAAGAAUAACCAACAAUUAAUACAAAACUUGAAGAAAGAGAUCGACGAAAAGGAAAAGAUAUUGGCUUUGUUUGAAGUGACACUUCUUGAGGAUCCAUCUAUGGAUGACUUAGUGUCACAAACGGUGACUUUGAAAAGUCAAAUACAAGGUGUCGAGCGUCAGAUCAAACAGAUUCACGAAGAACUUGUCGGUAAUGAGUUGACUGAAUCGGCCGUUAAUACACAGAUCCAAACAAUUGAACGACAAUUGUUUCCACUAAUGACAGCAAACAAAUAA